AUCAUCGCGAGUUCGCGACGGUAAAGGGACAACACGAAGUUUGAUACUGUCAUUUUUGUGAUAUAAAGUGAAAAUUGGGAGCGGAAGAACCAACGAAGAACUAACAGGAUCAUCUUUGGUUUUAUUCAGAGUCUUUGGUCACUCUCGAUAGAAUUAGACGUUUAGGAUGGGUGGAAUCUUGAAUAAUAAGGUAGGAGGGUUUUUAUUUGUGUCCCUCCUCUCGUUUACUGCUUUCUUUGGAUCCAUGUUGAUGAUGGGGCCCUUGAUACCUCUUAUGUUCAUCAGACCUCUUGCAUUCAGACACAUCAAUGAUAACCUCAUGGUUUUAUGGUUGACACUACCAGUGGUAAAAGUAAUAUUUGGAGUGAAAUGUAGGGUGAGCGGCGACAGACCGAGAAAAUCAGAGAGGAGCGUUAUCAUGAUGAACCAUCGGACAAGAUUGGAUUGGAUGUUCUUCUGGAUACCCCUCUUCUCUCUCAGUUCUGUCAGAUCAGAGAAGAUCAUCCUCAAGAAUGAACUCAAACAUUUACCAGGGCCAGGCUGGGCAAUGCAGAUAGCGUCAUAUAUCUUCUUAAAAAGACGUUGGGAACAAGACAAAGAAUCGUUGGCCAUGAUGUUAGAUUACUUCUGUGAUAUGCGAUACAAUGCUCAGUAUCUCAUCUUUCCUGAAGGAACUGACUACAAUGAUGACAGCAAGAAUAGAAGUGAUUCCUAUGCAACAAAAUAUAAUCUACCAAAGUAUGAGUAUGUUCUACAUCCUCGAACAACUGGUUUCAAAUUUAUUAUGGAUCAUCUAAGAAAACAUGAAGCAGUGGAUGCCAUCUAUGACGUGACAGUGGCCUACCCUGAUAGGAUACCUGUAGGUGGAGAGAUGGAUAUCCUCAAGGCCAAGCUACCCAACGAGGUCCACUACCAUGUGAAGCGAUAUGACAUCAAAUCCCUACCUCAAGAUACAAACUAUGAAGACUGGUGUGUAGAGAGAUGGAAAGCGAAGGAGGUCCAACUCAUGGAUUAUUACACCGGAGACAGGAGGUUCGUAUCCGGCAGCUCCACCGGGGACGGCGUGGACAGAGGAUAUGUGUCCGCGAUCAGUAUCACUCUCUUCCUCGCAUUCGUCUACUGGAUCUCCUUCUUGUGCUUCAUUACGUGUCUGUUGGUGUACACUUCCAUUGCAUGGUGGCAUACCCUGAUUGUUGGAUUGUUCUUCACAGGGGUCGGGAUCUUCUAUGGUGGUAUGGAGAGGCUGAUGGUGAAUGCUUAUAACUGGCAUGUGGGACGGACUACACGAGAGAAGUCAUCAUAGCUCAUUAACUGUAUGCCGGUUAUCUACAGCCAAAGAAAAACAGCGGAAUGUAAUUUCGAAACAAAGCCUUUUCUUUCUGAAGAUAUGAGAAUAAAUCUAUAUAAGGUAUACUCUGUCCUUCUUUGGCAAAGGAAGCAAGUUACAUACCAAUCACAUUUUUUGAGUGAUUGAUAUUCUACUUGACGUGCUCAAAUUCUUCGGCCAAAUAUUUUCUAUAAAUCUCUGUUUCAAAAGCUGUUCUUAAACUAUGCAUAACAUAACAAUUAGGGCUGAUUUAAAGCUGACGGUCCACCAGUGAGCGACCAAUGCCACCAAUCACUGAUGCAACAUCUUCCAGACCGGUGCACCGCUAAAAAGAGAAAUGCACAAAAAAUUCAGUAUCACCAAAGACUAAGAAUAUCAACCAUUUUAAGACUUGUAUUUCAUUGUCUAGAUCUAUAUAUCAAAACUUUCACAUUAUUUAUUUCUAUUUUUUUUAAUGUAAUGACUCAGCCCUAAUUACAGUAACUGGAUUGCAUUCUUGUUCUAUGUAAUGAGGUACCAACAUAUUUCUGUUUGACUGAUGGGGAUUUAAAUGAAUAAGAUUCUGAUCCAGUGCAUGUUCAAGACCAGGGGUUCUCAAACUACGGCCCGCGGGCCGGAUCCGGCCCGCGGCCCGCGAGACCCUGCUGGGUUUUUUUUUAUCACUUUUAAGUCACAAUAUGAAACAUAGCUCAAAAUUAUGAUUACAUUGUGUAUCCAUGUAGACCUAACCGUCAUGACCGUAAUAAAAGUAAUGGCAGUCAAAUUAAUUUGACUUUUAAACAAAGUUUAGUGGAGUCUUUUCUGUCUGUUCGAUCUACUUUCUUAUUAGAUGACCAGCGCUGUUCUCACCAUGUUUGGAUCUACAUACAGGUGCGAAAGUGCAUUAUCCACAAUUAACAUUUUAAAGAACUAACUCAUACCGAAGUCCUUUGACAGGGGCCGCGGAACAGUUUUCAAAGUAGGGGGGGGGGGGGGCUGGCCAUGCAAAAAAUCACAAUCAUAUGGUAAUUUUUACGUUUUUGUACAUGAUUUUGGAAAAAAGUGGGGGGCUGAAGUCCCACCCCGCUUCUGCGGCCCCUGCUUGACCAGUGAACCUUUGCACCAGUGCCUUCGUCUGGCAAUUACACCUUUUGUACCAAGGUUCAAGCAACUUGUUGCUGACAGACUGUCACUUCCCCCAUAUUGAAAGUGACUAGGAGACUGACAUCCUUGUUAGAGUCUACAACAGACAUGCUCUAUUAUUCAAUCUACUUUGACUACAAUAAAUAUUGAUACUUCAAGACAUUAUCCGUCUCCCUAAUACCAGGUAUGUAUAGGUAUAAUCUAGAUUCCUUUUAACAAAGUACUACAAUUUUGUGAUCAUUAAUUUUGACUCUCGCUGUAUUUUGAAAUCUUUUAUUAUUUUGCCUGCGUUCCAUAUGAAACUUAUAAAUUUGUUGGAUUAAAUGCUCCCAAAAUAAGGGCCAGAUUGCACAAGAGAGCAUCUAGGACCCCGACCGCAAAAGUCUUUGCGCUUCGCGCACAUUUUUUUUUCUAAGUAUCUACUUCACCCUGGCCCUGUCAGGUUUACUAGGAGUCUCAUCUGGCCCUUCAAAAAAAGUUUGAGAACCCCUGUUCUAGACAUUUGUAAAGUCUCAGGUAACAUAAAAACAAUUUUAUGAAACAGCGCCCCCCCCCCCCCCGGUAAAAAAAAUUGGCAUUGUGGCAUGCACCUGUAAUCCAAGCUACAUAGAGAAGUUACAAUACAAUGCCUAUCUGAUUGAUGCAUGUCUGUAAAAACUCAAUUACACUGUAUAUGUAAAAUAUGUUAGUAAAUUACAGAUCUAACCUUGGUUACUUGCUUCCUUUUGCCAUAACAGGACAGUGCUACAUGAAGUGCUGAAUAAAGGGCAUUGUUUACAGUACUUUUAGAUUCUUUAGAUAUUUUGUAUGAUUCUCAUUAUACUCCACAUCAUGCUAUUAUUUAAAGUAAGCACAAGUUCUUUCAUAAGAUUUUUGGUUCAUGGAAACCUUUAACAUUUAUGAAUGUAAAAUGCUUAUUGAGGCAGUACUGAUCUUUUGAGGACAAUGUACUUUAAACUCUUUUUAAUGUCUUUAUUUUAGCGGUCAUCCAAACUGUUGUAAAGCAUUUUUGUGAAGCAAAAAUGUAAUUCUGGGAAAAUUAACUUUACAUCAUUUUCACAACUCAGCGAGCUGGAUGUACUCGCUAUGUUUAUUCCUCAGUGCUGCUUCUGAAAGAUAGCUAUAUCCAGCUUGCCUUGACAGUGAUAGUUUGCCCAUCUUCUUCAACAGUGGUGAUUAUUUGCUUAUUACAACCCCACUGAAGAAAUUGCCAACCAUAGGCAUAGCAUUUCUUUAUGAUGUCUCUUUAGAUUACCUUGAUUUAUUGAUGGAGUUUCUUUAAUACGGGUUACCAUUUUUUAAAUGGUGAGACUUUGAUUAUGUAAUGUUGAAAAUAUUAAGCAUAUUCAGUAUUGUGCUCUUGUUGAUUGUUAUUAUUGUAGACUGAAAAAUGAAGGUUGGUUUUUAGACUAUUAUAAUUUUGUUGCAUUAUUGAUAUUUGUGAAAUGUUCAAUGUACAUGUAUGUCCUCUUUUUUAAAUGUUAAAGGUCACAACCACAUCAUUCGGAUUUCAUGACAUGAACAAAACUAAAUUAAACAUUUCUCCCUUUUGUUUUUUGUCUUAUAGAUGUAUUGAUAAACAAAAUUAGGAUUUUUUUUUUAAAUCAGGUUCAGCAGUUCAUUUGUUGCAAUUUUCAGCAAGUUAAUGUAAUUGAUAGUGGUCAAAUAGAGGUAGUGAUAGGGUUUUCUUGGAUACAUAAUGUUUUUACUACGAUGUUAUUACAUGGAUAUUGUUUGAUGUAAUAUAAUAUCCCUGCUCAUUUGCCAAACGUCAUUCAGUAAACACAGAAUUUAUAGCAGUUAGUCUAUUAAACAGCAUCUAUGAGUCUGUGCAUAUUGCAUUGAUAGAAUGAUGCCAAAAAGAUUUUUUUGCCAGAUCAUGUAUUGUAAUAACCAGUUAUCCAAGUUAGUGUCCAUUACACCAUAUGCAGUAGUUUUCCAUAUCAUCUGCUCAAGUGACUAGUAAGAACUUCAAUUUGUUUGAAAAUUUCAGCCAGAAAUGUCUGUCCCAUCAACUCAUAUACUGAUUGCCAACUCACCCUCAGUAAAUGACAAUAUGUGAAUGAUUAAUUUCAUGUAAAAGAUGUCAAAAUAGAGAAAAUAUAGUAUUUUUAUGACAGUAAAUAUGAUAAUGCUACUAAGAAAGAGUGCUUUCAUUUAAAUGAUCCUAGACACUAAUAUAUGAUUGUGUUGUGGGGCAAAAAGUAGUAGCCAUGUAGCCAGUUAAAGAAAAUUGCAACAUUCUGGUGAAACAGUUCAAAGCAUGUCUUUAUGAAUAUUCAUUAGGUGGGCUGAUGAUGUCAUAUCCCCACUUGUUCUUUUGUAUUUUAUUAUAUGAAAAUAGGUUUAUUCAAUAUUUUUCUAUCAAGAACUAAAACAAUUGGAUUCACAAACGAUUAAGUGCAUUAGUUAUUUAUUGCCGCAACUUAUUUCAUCAUAAUGGAGACACAUCAUUUACACAUGUAAGAAAAAAUGAAACAAUUAUGAUUUCAUAUAAUAACAUAAGAAAACGGAAAGUGGAGAUUUGACAUCAUCAGCCCACCUAAUGAAUAUUAAUGAUGAUGUGCAUAUAACUUUUCUCAAAAUAUUGAUAAACUUUUAAAUUCAAUAACUUUGUUAUUUGUUAUCCAAUUAUGAUUAAAUUUUCAGCAUUCUGCUCUGUGAAUUUUACUCUAUUUAUUUAAGUAAAUCUCAUUUGGCGACAGAUGUUGCUAGGUCUUUAUGAAAAUCCUGAAACCAUUUCAUGACUAUUAAUCAAAGUUAUUCAUGAAUAUUGUUUUCAUUGUAUUAAGUGAAUUGUAAAAGAUAAUUGUGAUUAACUAGUUGAGUUGGAUCAUGGUAGGUCCAUGGUUGGAUUCACCAAGUAGUAUUUGGUUGUAGAUUAGUGUUACUGUUGGGAGCUAUUUAAGAUACAUGUACACUGUACCAUAAUGAAAACCCUUUUUUUUAAUUGAACAUUUAAUAAUAUUGAAAAUAGUGAUGUGCCCAUACUCUCAGUAGAGAUCUUUACCGAUAUUUUUCUUGCAUGUUUUUAUUUGGACAAUAAUUUGUUGAGCAUUUCAUUUCAUAGUUUGCGACGGCGGUGGCAGCGUCAACACCGAAUCUUAACCGAAGGUUCAGUUUUUGAAAUGACAGCAUAACUUAGAAAGUAUAUGGACCUUGUUCAUGAAACUUGGCCAUAAGGUUAAUCAAGUAUUACUAAACAUCCUGCCUGAGUUUCAGGUCACAUGACCAAGGUCAAAGGUCAUUUAGGGUCAAUGAACUUAGACAAUGUUGGGGGAAUCAACAUCAAAAUCUUAACCUAAGGUUAAGUUUUUGAAAUGUCAUCAUAACUUAGAAUAUAUAUGGACCUAGUUCACGAAACUUGGACAUAAGGUUGAUUAAGUAUUAUUGAACAUCCUGCCUGAGUUUCGAGUCACAUGACCAAGGUCAAAGGUCAUUUAGGGUCAAUGAACUCUGGCCAAAUCUGUUGAAUUGCCAUCAUAACUUUAACAGUUUAUGGAUCUGAUUCAUGAAACUUGGACAUAAGAGUAAUCAAGUAUCACUGAACAUCCUGUGCGAGUCUCAGGUCACUUGACAAAGGUCAAUGGACUUUGGCCUUGUAGUAGGUGGUAUUUGUUGAAUAACCAUCAUAACUCUCAAAGUGUAUAACUUGGACAUAAAGAGUAAUCAAGUAUCAUUUAACAUCUCAUACAAUUUUCAGGUCACAUUACCAAAUACAAGGUCAUUUAAGGUCAUUGAACUUUGGCCAUUUAGGAGGUAAUUAUUAGAUUGCUGUCAUAACUUUCAAAGUUUAUAGAUAUAGUUUAUAAAAUGUGGAUAUAGGGGUAAUCAAGUAUCACUGACAAGUCUUAGGUCGCAUGAUCAAGGUCAAAUGUCAUUUAUUGUCGAUGAACAUAGUAUUGUAUCAUUAUAAUUUAUAUGAAUGAUGUUUUUUUUAAUAAUUAUUUUAUAGUAGUUUUCAAAGUCAGCACUGCUGCUAUAUUGAAUUGCGCGAUGCAGGUGAAACUGCCAGAGGCGUUCCACUUGUUUUUUUUUUAUAUAGCUUUUUUAAUAGUUUGAAUACCUAACUUUUAUCAUUGAAUUUUGAUGUUUUGAAUUUUACUUAUCAAAUUUAUGAAACAGUGAAUAUUCUGUGCAAUGUGUUGUAUAUUUAUUUUAUACCCAUUUCUUUUGAAGUUUGUGAUGGGUUGUUUGACCUUUUUCAUUGUUCAAUAUUGAUGUACAGGUAUAUUUCAGAGAGAAUGUUUAGAAUAUUCAAUAAUCAAUCUUUCUAUUAUUAUUAUUAUUAUAAGGUGUAACAAAUUUUGGAACUACAUUUUUUAUUUGACAUGCAAUGAUCCAUAGCAGCCGAGAUCUCCAAACGAAGUAAAAAUGUGUGUUUAUUGUAUCUUUUGGAAUAGCUCUACAGAAUUGGAAAGUAUUCAUUUACAAAUGGGAAUAGUCUCUUGGUUACGACCCUUGUCUGUCAAUCAGAGGGACAUGGGUUGGAAUCCCAGCCAUGGCAUGUUUUUCUUCAGCAAGAAAUUUACCCACAUUGUGCUGCACCCGACCCAGGUGAGGUGAAUGGGUUCCCGGUAGGAUUUAUUCCUUGAAUGCCUUAGCGCCUAUAUGGCGACUCAGCUACAGCCGGGGUAAUAAUAUGAUACCAAGUAUGAAGCUCAGUAGAGUAUAUGCAAUUAUAGUAGCUGAGCUAUAUAAAUGGAGUCGUGGACCAUAUUAUUAUUAUAAUAAUAGUAACAAAAUAUAAACAGGGUUUAAGAAUAUAGCCAAUAGUGUAAGUGUACAAGUCAUGUGCUGGUGCUUUGAUUUUACCAAACCCCUAGGCCUUGCAUUUCGGAUGCAUCACUGCACCUGUAGGACAUAUAAGAAAGAGACACUGAUAAUUUAUGUAUUUUCCAAGUGAAGACUUUGCUAUUGCAUUGACAAUGGUGUGUACACUGAGUCAUGCACACAGUGAUAUGAAUAUGCAUCAUACUUUAUGGUUAGGCUUUUCAAGUUAUAAGGGGAAGUAAAUGUGACUGCCUUGCCUGUACAAUUCGUGGAAAUUGAAAAAGUUUUAUGAACAAAUUUUUGUAGAAAUUCAUACUGGUAGCUGUUUUACGAAACCAAUAAUGCAAACAAUCCAAGCUAUGUUGGGUAGGUUGCAAAUUAAAACAGAGGUUUGAGGUGGUUUGAGCCCAGUUUGUAGUUUCAUAAUGCUCUUCAUAAGGUAUUGUUUGACUGAUUAUCCUUUCUUGUAAAUGAUGUACACCAAAUUUUCAUUGAUGUUGAUUAAAUGCCUAAGAAAGGAUCACCAGUCUUUUGUAGAGUCACUCGUAAUUUACUAAAAGCUUUAUGAAACAGUUACCUCGUCAAGUAUUUCAGAUAGUGAACUUAAAGAUCGGUCUUGUUGUAAAUAAUCAUAUCUGAUUGAUGCACCUCUGUGAAAAAAACUCAAACACACAUGCAGGCAUCUCAGAUAUUUCUCUCAAUUUGCAAACAUGUUUAGUGUUUGUGCCCUGUGCUUAUUGCAACAUUAUAAUUCACAUUGUGACCUGUGCAUUAUUUGCAUGUUUUCAGGAAGGAAUGUGUCCAUGUCAAACCAUUCGGGGGCCAAGUCUGUAAAAUAUACUUUGUUUGUAGAAUUAAUGCCAAAGUCUUCACUGUGACUCCAAAGGGGGCUUAUAAUCUUGCUUUCUUCUACAAGCAGAAAUGUACAUUUUACGCAAGAUGCAAUUCAUUUUGGUGCUAAGAAUACCCAAUCACAAUGCCAAUUUCUUUCAUAUUUUUUUCUUUUUUUCUGAGCAGUAUUAGGAACAUGUUUCAGUCAGGUCUUUCCUUUUUCUGUAAUACAAAUGUAUAUCUUGUAUGGCGUUUUUGAGAGGGAUGAUGUGAUAUGAAUUCAUAGGUUGCAGCAAGGAUGUGCAAUAUGUAUGGAUUAAAUAUAGCACUCACAAGUUAAUAAUUCUCACCAUGAUAUCUAGCCGGGAAAAAGGCUGUUCUUUUUACCAGCACCCCAUCCCCUGUAAAAAUAAUAUUGGUCAAGAACUGAACAGUUCAAUUGAAGUAACAUAGUCUAUGUAAUGGUAGCAACUAAAUUAUGUUUCCUUUGGUGCUGCGUAUUCUUUAUGACCACUUGAAGAGAUUGUGUCAUCACAUCAAGAUCAAGUACUGACCAGGGAACGUGCCAUGUCUUGUCCCGAAACAUGUAAUUUUUAUGGUUUGCAUCAGAUACAGGUUUCUCUCUUGAUAUCUAAUUUCAGGUAUCAAAUAAGCCUUAUGGUUGAAACUAAUAUGGAUAGUAUCAAAUACUGUGAAUAAAUGUUUUCAAAGGAUUUUUUAUAGGGUUCAUUAGUUUGUUGUUAAGUAAUGUGGAUGGAAUUAAGGUUCUUGUACCAAUUUUUCUUCUGUUUAUUGAGUGCAUUGUUUUUAGAUCUGGAUAUGAUAGUCAUAACAAUAUCUGGAAAUGACAAGAAAUGAAGGUUAGGAAUGCUAUUUUUUCUCAUGUAGUUAAUUCCUCUUUAACAAAGGACAGCUGUUCAACCGUAAUACAGUCAUGCUAAUUUUUGAAUAGAAUUGAGAAUCUGUGAAAUGUGAUAAAUGUGGAGUUUGGUUUUUGUGUUAUCUUCUUCUUAGAUAUGUUUUAUUCAAUUUUGUUAUGAAUGUUGGGUAUUAAGAAUAAAAUGUAUUUAUAUAUAUUA